CAGCAACUAGAACACCGGACCAACAGAUUAAUAACGCGAUAUUUAAUGAAUCUCCCCGGGGCUUUCUGCACUAGCCUACCUGUCCAUUAGGACUCUGAGCUCGUGGAGCAUUCCGCCCUAAACUACCUGGAGCCUCACCCGCUAAAACACAACACGGGAAGUGGUUGCAAUUAAAAGUCAGCUGUCCUGGUGUGAUUCUCAUCAGUUUUGAUGAACCUAAACUUCCUCAGUUCUCACACAGCUGGAGCCCGGACCUCAGCCCUCCACCCUCAACACGCUGCUGGUGUCGAGCGGGUCCGGACCAGGAAGAGAAGGAGGCGCUCCCGUCUACAUGACGGGUUAGGAUGUUUAGAAUGUGAGGGAAUGCGUUAACAUGGCCGAAAAGGGGCCACUUUUAACUUCGUGUAUCAUUUUCUAUUUAUCGAUUGGCGCUGCGGUUUUCCAGAUACUGGAGGAGUCCAACUGGCAGCUGGCCAAGGACAGGUAUGUGGAGGAGAAGGAGUUGAUAUUGAAGAAGUACUCCCUAACCAAGCAGGACCUCGAAUACAUACUGGAGGUGGUGUCAGAGGCUGCUGGACAAGGGGUCACCAUAACCGGGGAUCGGUACCGUAACUCCUGGGACUGGCCCAACUCUGUGGUCUUUGCUGCCUCUAUUGUGACCACCAUAGGCUAUGGCAACGUGGCUCCAAAGACGGCGGGAGGCCGGGUGUUCUGCAUCCUCUACGGCCUGUGUGGGAUCCCGCUCUGCCUCGUCUGGAUCAGUGACCUGGGCUCUUUCUUCGGAGACCGGGCCAAGCGUCUCUCCCAGGUCCUGAUCCGAAAGGGCCUCUCCGUGAAAAAGGUGCAGUUGAUUUGCACGGCCCUGUUCCUGCUGUGGGGGCUGGUGAUGCACCUGGUGAUGCCGCCGUUUGUCUUCAUGUCUCUGGAGGGUUGGAGCUACCUGGAGGGCUUCUACUUCUCCUUCAUCACCCUCACCACCGUGGGCUUCGGGGACUAUGUGGCAGGGGUGAACCCCAACAUCGACUACCCCCGGCUGUACCGGGUGUGUGCGGAGAUCUGGGUGUACAUGGGGCUGGCCUGGCUGUCCCUGUUCUUCAGCUGGAACGUCCACAUGGUGGUGAAGGCUCACAAGGUCCUGAAGAAGAGGCGGCACCGGCACAAGACGCACCUGGACGAGGAGGCCUACCCGCCGGAGCACGACCUGGAGCUGCGGACCCCCCGGCCCACCGUGGUGGACAUCUUCAAGUUCCUGGAGGAGGGCGAGGACGACGACUACAGCACGGUCAUCAAGAAGAUCGGGGAGGAGGGCCGCGUGCAUCUGUACCACCGGGGGUUGAGCCGCUCCAAGAGCUGCAACGACCUCCUCCAGAACAUGGAGACGCUGGAGGGCUCCCCGAAGAGGAGGCGGAGGCUGAGCGUCAGCGAGGUGGUCAUCGACCCGGCCGGACGGGAGGACGCCGCCGCCUCCGCCUCGCAGGGGGGCGGGGCCGAGUCGGAGCCCCUCCUGGACCCCCGCCCAGCGGGGGGAGGGGCUGCAGACGACCCGGACGAGUGGAUCUUUGAGGCGUGCCCCGAGGAACCCGGUUCUCCUCCUGCUCCCGACGCCCCCCAGGAGGCGGUCCCGCGGCCCGCGGGGGGGGAGACGCGGUUCACCAUUUCGGUCGUGGAAGAAGGGUCGUCGGGACGGGACGCGGACGACAUGGGGUGAAGGACGUCCCGGACGCCUCGAGGACUAAAAGUAGUAACGUGUUCGAUUUGGCCGACUCUAAUUAGUCUUCUACAAAAUAGGGGGCAGCCUAUUACCAUGGUAACAGGUCGUGGUACCAUGGCCAACACUAUUGGGAGAAACAAUGAUAUGAAGAGGCCCUCCCAAAGGUCUUUGAUCUCUUCUCCUCCCGCUCCCCCCGAACGCAUCACCAUUGAAUAUAGCGUAAGGCUAACUGUUUACAGUUAAUACGUGCUAUGGUGUCAUCAAGUGGAUCUCCUUCAAUUGAUCUUACUUUUACAUGAUUUGCAAAAGGUUAUAUUAUACACCGUCUGUGCAGCAGUACUUCUUCAACAUGUUGGACUGAGGGCAGACUGGACAGUGCUGUGACAGUGACCUCUUGUGGUACAAAAUGGUAUGACAUAACGGUGCCGGCUGGCGCUAUAUGGGUUAGCUGCUAACUUAAUUGAAGAUCCACACUCAGACGUCAACGUUUUGACGAAACUCCACAACGCUUCUUGUUCUUUUGAUAAUUGUAGUUCAUUUUUUAAUGUUUAAAUUUAUCCCACAUGACUGUUUAAAGAUAGGGUAGGCAAUAUUGAUUAACCAGCCAGAGUAACCAGGUUUUGAAAGUAUCCAACGGCAAGUAGGCCUAUUUCAUUCGGGCCGAAUGAAGUGAUUGGGCUAUUACAGGUCUGUUCCAGCGACAGGCAUCAGAAUUCAUCAUCUGAUUUGAUUGCUUGAGGGAUGUCACGUAAAUUUCAACCAAAAUAAGCUCCUCAAUAAAUAACCUACCAUAGCGUUUAGUUAGGCCUACAGUGCGGACCAGGAACGAGUUUCGAUCUCAAACGGUAUGAUGCAUGAGAACCGUGGUAUGAAUUAUAAAACUCAACCGUAAAGAUGCUGCCAUUCUUAAAAAAUAUAUAAAGUUCUCUAACAAAGUUCAAAGGUUCAUUUACUUCUGAAGCAUCAAUGUGUUUUAACUGUUGAGUGUGGUACUUUUUUCAAAAAAUAGAAUCCAGUUUACUAUUGUUUGAUGCUGCCUGUAACAAGAGGAAAGGAUAGUAGGCCUAGACGCUUUCAACACCCUAGUGAAAGUUCCUAAUGAUGAAAUGUGUUCGGAACAUGAUCUCAUGAUCACGUUACUUUAACAGUGAGGCACAACCACAAAUCCUUAUACAUUGCACCAUUGUUUUGCAAAACUUGUUUCAAUCUGCGAAAAAUGAAUGAAACUCACAGGGAAAUGGGAGAAUCAUAUUUCCGGAAAUGACUUCAAGAAAUACUAUUGACUUCUAGAAAUGUUGUGCAAAAACACUGAAUGAUUUCAAAAUAUUUAAUAUCAGUUGAUGUUGUCCAUGUACUUAUGUAUUAAAAAGUUAAAAAGCAAAAAAAACAUGUGCCUUCCUCAAGUCCAACCUUUACCACUCAGAAAUGAAACGGAAAUAAGAUUCACAACGUGGCUACAUCAUGUGUAAUUGAAGAAC